AUGCAGAAGAGUGCCGAAUUUACUUUCACUCCACCACCCGAGGCACCCGUAUUUGAGCCUACGCUUGAAGAAUUUACGGAUCCUUUAGGAUACAUCGCUAAAAUACGUCCGGUUGCGGAAAAAACGGGGAUUUGUAAAAUAAAGCCUCCUGCUCGCUGGCAGCCGCCUUUUUCUUUAGAUGUUGAUAAAUUAAAAUUCGUCCCACGGAUACAAAAAGUAAAUGAGUUGGAAGCCAUUACUCGUCUAAAACUUUUAUUUCUCGAGAAAAUAUUAAAAUUUUGGGAUUUACAAGGAUCACCAUUAAAAAUACCUAUGAUUGAAAAUAAAACUUUAGACUUGUACUGCUUAAAAUUUUGGGUAGAUGAAGAAGGUGGAUUUGAAAAUUGUAAUACUCCUAAAAAAUGGCGUAAGAUCGCAAAUACUAUGGGUUACAGCCAAAGCGCAAUUACCAUGAAUUUUUUGCGUAGUAAUUAUGAAAAAAUACUUCUUCCAUAUGAAAUAUUUGAAAAAAGUAAAGCAGACAUUUUAAAAACAGUUAAAAAAACAGAAAUCAAAAAUGAGAAUAAUAAAGAAGAUGAAAAUGGAAAGCAAGUAUUUAAAGAAAUAUGUAUAGAGUCUAUAACUAAAAUAAAACAUGAGGAACUUAAACAUGAGAAACCCCAUUUAAAUAUUAAGAAAGCUAAAACAGGCUCUGACAUUAAACCAGACACUGAUUAUAUAAAAGCUAAAACUGAUUUUGAGGAGAUGAAACGUAAUAGAGAGUUACGAAGGCUUGCUUGCUAUGGACCUGGACCCAAAAUGCCUGGUCUUAAUGAUGAGGAAUUUGAUAUAACCAAAUGUAGAAAAAGACCCAGAUAUGACUUGGAUCCUUUAGCUGUUUAUAUUUGUGCUAUUUGCCAAAAAGAUCACAGAGAUGAUUUAUUAUUAAUAUGUAAUGGGUGUUCAGAUACUUAUCAUACAUUUUGUCUUAAACCUCCAUUAAAUGUUGUACCUGAUGGCGAUUGGCGUUGCCCUUGUUGCAUAGCUGAGGAAGUUCAUAAACCAGCUGAAGCAUUUGGCUUUGCACAAGCUGAAAGAGAGUAUACUUUACAGCAAUUUGGUGAAAUGGCAGAUAAAUUCAAAUCUGAUUACUUUGGUAUGUCCGGCCAUCUAGUGCCAACAAAUGUGGCAGAAAAGGAAUUUUGGAGGAUAAUAUCCUCUGUGGAGGAAGAUGUAACAGUAGAAUAUGGUGCAGACUUGCAUUCAAUGGACCAUGGGUCGGGGUUUCCAACAAAAUCUUCACUAAACUUAUAUCCUGGUGAUCAGGAAUAUGUUGAUUCUGGCUGGAAUUUAAAUAACUUGCCUGUGCUUGAUGGUUCUGUACUAAAGUUUAUAAAUGCAGAUAUAUCCGGUAUGACAGUACCAUGGAUGUAUGUAGGGAUGUGUUUCUCAGCAUUUUGUUGGCAUAAUGAAGAUCAUUGGAGUUAUUCAAUAAAUUAUUUACAUUGGGGUGAAGCAAAAACUUGGUAUGGAGUACCAGGAAGUGGAGCUGAGCUUCUAGAAAAUGCCAUGAAAGCUGCAGCACCUGAUCUGUUUAAAUCACAACCAGAUCUUUUGCAUCAACUAGUUACAAUAAUGAAUCCUAAUAUACUUAUGGCAGCUGGAGUACCAAUAUACAGAACAGAUCAGAAUGCUGGUGAGUUUGUAGUUACCUUCCCCAGGGCCUAUCAUGCUGGUUUUAAUCAGGGAUAUAAUUUUGCUGAAGCUGUUAAUUUUGCUCCCCCUGACUGGCUUAAAAUUGGUCAUGAUUGCAUUAUGCAUUAUAAAAAUUUAAAACGUUUUUGUGUAUUUUCUCAUGAUGAAUUAAUAUGUAAAAUGGCUUUAGAAGGCGACAGAUUAGACUUAGAAACAGCAUUAGAAACUCAAAAAGAACUACUACAUGCAACAGAAGAAGAAGGAAGGCUAAGGGCUCUGAUUGCAAGAAACGGUCUUAAAAAUGUACGCAGGACAGCUUUUGAGUUACUUGGAGAUGAUGAAAGAUUAUGUGAAGUAUGUAAAACAACCUGCUUUUUAUCAUCAGUUUCAUGUGCAGAGUGUAAACACAUGGCAUGCUUGCAGCAUGCAAGUUCAGAAGAAUUUUGUUCAUGUGCACUAGAAAAGAAAACUUUGUUUUACCGAUACGAUAUGGAUGAAUUACAUAUUAUGUUACAAACAAUUGACUUUAGAGUCAAUAGUUUCGAUAAAUGGAUGACAGAAACGAAAAACAUUCUUUUACCUACAGCUCCAGACAUUGGAAGAUUACAAAAGUUAAAACUACUAGUAGAUGAAGCUGAGGAACUGAAGAUACCAAAAUGUACGUUAUUAACCCAGCUAAAGACAGAAUUCACUAAGGCCACUGAUAAUGCAGAACCGAUUGUAAUUGAAUUAGAUGAUGAU